AUGCCGCGUGUUAUCACUUUGAAGCAAGUUGAGGGCAAGCCUGGAGAAGUCUACUAUCCCAUCCAAAUCAAGGAAGUCCCCAAGCCCACACCGGGCCCCGGCGAGGUCCUCGUCCGCAUCUCCGCCAUAGCCCUCAACCACCGAGAUCUCUUCAUCCGUCGCCACCAGUAUCCCGCCAUUUCAUUCACCAACCCCAUGUUUGCCGAUGGUUAUGGAACCGUGGUCGAAACUGGGCCGGAUGUCACCCGCAAAGAUCUCCUUCACAAGGCCGUCCUGCUAACGCCUAUGCGUGGGUGGGAGGCUGACCCCGCCGGGCCUGAAGAUGCCAGAGGGUUUGCCGUCAUUGGCAGCAGCAGGCUCACCGAGGCUGCAACUGGGCAGGACUACGCCGUUGUGCCUGAAGAUGAAGUGGUUCUCGCGCCAGAGCACCUCACGCCCGGCGAAGGCGCCGCGCUGCCUCUGGUGGGACUCACAGGAUGGAGAGCCCUGGUAACCAAGAGCAACGCUGCUUUCCCCGGGAGCAACAUCCUCGUCACGGGCAUUGGCGGUGGAGUUGCGUUGUCGGUUCUGCAGUUUGCCGUCGGCUUUGGAUGCAACGUCUUCGUCACAUCCGGCGACCCGGAGAAGCUUGAGCGGGCCAAGGCUUUGGGCGCAAAGGGAGGCGUCAACUACAAGUCUGAGACGUGGGAGAAGGAUCUGGCUGCUCUGCUGCCCAAAGACCGACCCUAUCUUGAUGCCAUCAUCGACGGUGCUGGUGGGCCAAUUAUCAAAAAGACCAUCCGCAUCUUGAAGCCCGGCGCGGUCAUCUCCCAGUAUGGCAUGACGGUGUCUCCCAAGAUGGACUGGCUGAUGCAAGCCGUGCUGGCCCACGUCGAGCUCAAGGGCGUUACAAUGGGGUCGAAGAAGGAGUUUAAGGACAUGGUGGCGUUUGUCAGAGAAAAGAAGAUUAGGCCAGUUAUUAGCAAGACGAUCAAGGGCUUGGGAGACCUCGAGGCCAUCGACAAACUAUUCGAGGAGAUGGAGCAUGGAAGGCAGUUUGGCAAGCUGGUGAUUGAGGUUGACUCCGAAGCAUCCUCUCCAAGGCUGUAA